AACAAAAAAAAAACCACAGAAAAAAAUAAAAAAACCCCCAGGCAAUAAAUCUUCCUCUCCCCUCGGCUGCAGGAGGAUUUCUAAGGGCAGCAGCUGCAAAGCGCGGCCAGCGGGGUUAUGAGGGCUCUCCCCGGCUGUGCAUCCCCCCAGUGAGGGGAUUAAUUUGGCGGGGGCUGGCUGUCAGCUGUGGGAAACGUCAUUAGCAGGGCACAACUUAAACCUGGGCCGGCCCGGGUUCAUUAUUGCUUCUUUACAAGUAAGGCGGUUUUCUCGGUUCUUUAGUGGCUUUUAGCGGGUCAGUGCCGAGCUCAUCCCGAGCAGGUUAAAGCCCGGAGGGCCCGAGGGGCAGCGCCCGGAACGCGGCUCCGGCACGGCACGGCACGGCACGGCGGGGCGGUGCCCGGCCCGGAAGUACCCGGGGAAGCUGCGCAGGACGGCGGCGGGGCGGCCCGGCCCGGGUAAACAGCUCCGGUGGCGGCGUAAAGAAAACCAUGUCAGGAAGAACAUCAUCUUCAAGUCACACCAGUUUUCGUAUACCAAAGAAGAAAACAAACACCAAGUCAGAGGAUGUCCAAGUUCAGUCCCCUUUGGCAAGGCUCCCAGGCUCCCACCAUUGUGACUACCCUUUAAAAGAGUGGGGAUUAAGUGCCAACAACAGAAAGCCUUCCACAAAAGGAAAAAGGCAAAAAGAUUGCAACAGACACAGCUCUAAUGAUGAAGAAUCAAUUGGGCAACCCAAAGUUAUCUUGACGAAUGUCCUGAGGAUGAAAAUAGGAAGAAAAUACACACAGGCGCAACCUAAAACUGGUGUUAAUUUUUGUGAUGCUGGCAAGCUGCAGUCAGAUCAAGCACCCUCAUCAUCUGCUGCCAGCGUAAAGAUAUGGCAGCUUUUAAACCCUACUCUCCAAAGUCUUUUUCUGUCUAAAAGGCAACCCAAAGUUAUCUUGACGAACGUCCUGAGUACGAAAAUUGGAAGAAAGUACAUAGACAGCCACGUAAUAAUUGAUGCAAAUUUACCUGCUGCAGACAAACUGCAAUCGGGUCAACUACCCUCAUCAGCUGUUGCCAGCCUGCAGACAUGUCAAAUAUUAAGUUCUCCUCAUGAAAGUUCUUUUCUUUCUGAAAGGUCUGAACGUUGCUUGAGAAAGACAGAUGAUGAGCUGUGUAAAUUGACCAAGGCUUCUAAGGAACCAGAAAAAAUUAAUGCUGUCACUUUCAGAAGAAGAGAGCUGCAGAAGAAAGAAAACAAGCGCUGUGGUGAACUGGAGAAGAGGAGCAGACACAUGAGCAGCACUACUCUUAGUCAGAAGGAAUCAGGUUCUUUUGAUUCUGAGAAAAGGAAACGAAGAUAUAGUGGCCAUAUUUCUGAUGAUUGUAGUGCACACAUUCCAAAAAAGUCACUUGCAUUAUCUGAAAAGAAAAGUUUGAAUUCAGCUCAGUCUCCUGGCUGCAGAAUACCCUGUGAGGAUGGACAAGAUCACAGAUCUAAUCCUAUUCUAGUACCAGACUGUCCAGCAGAGAGAGACUCUAAAGAUCCUUCCACCCACAACCACUUGGGGCCUGCUCACAGCCACACAGAGGACUCUGCCUCAGAGUCGCCUUCCAGAAAUUUGUCAAAGCAGCAGCUUUCUGCCACCAGUGGGGAUGUGCUUUCACCAGAAGUUGGUACAAUCUGGAAAUUAAAGAUGGACAAAUCAGAGUACCUGACCAAGCUGCGGAACAGAAUCUGCAGGGGUAAUCAGCAACUUGUUUCCAUUGACCCAAUUAUCCUUUCCAGUGAUGAUGAAGAUGGACCUUCUGAACCGCAAUGCACAGAGCUGAUGAAGGAUAAUAUCACUGAAAAUAAAGAAACACACCAACAGUCUGACUUCUGUUUCUCAGCCAAGCAAUUAGAAGACAAGAUAAAAAGUCACACAGAGCAGUUUUUAACAGAGUCAAUUGAAGAUAAAUAUCCUCUCAGCUUACCUUCUGGAAGCACACCUAGAAAGCAGACAAACCUGGCACUGGAUGUUGAAUUUGAUAGGCUACACAUUGGGAAAUUUAAGUGGUUAUCAACAGGGCCUGCUCGGUUUACAAUGAAAAAUAUUGUGAUCCCAUUUCAGGUGUCUCUUAAGAACAUUCAGCUUGUACUGGAUACACUGGAUCUGAGAAGAUUUGGCUGGUGGAAAAGUGGUGGUGGCUGUUCUUCAACAAUAAUUUUUCUUUGGUUGUCUGUGGAUUAUGUAGAAAAGAUUGAAACCCAGAUGGGAAAAUUAGUUACCAGCCAGCCAUCCAAAUCCAAUGAAUUUGUAUUUUUUGAACUGUCUCAACCACUCACAGAAUGGGAAGAAGACCGACUUACUGAACUGAUUACAGGUGUCAGCAAGAGGAACAGAGCACCAGAUCUUGCUGAAUUUUUGUCUUUGAAGCAAGCAUUACUCUUGUUUAAGGAUCUUUCUCCUGAAGAAAGCUCUUUUGUGAGUUGCAAUAAGGAUCUACUAAAGCAAUACAUGCCAAAAGAGAAUACCUCAGAUGCUGAUGAGCCUGUAAUUCAGGAACCAAAGCUAAAAGUGAUCAGGCCCAGUUAUGCCCUUGCAAAUAAACAGAAUAGUGGCUGCUAUUGUAUCUCUUUGUCCUCUGCACUGAAUGAAGAAUGGAAAGAAGUAAGAGAAAUGGGAACAGUUAAGAAUUUAAUUGUUUAUCCACCCCCACCUGCAAAAGGAGGACUGGGAGUCACAAGAGAAGACCUAGAGUGCUUAGAAUAUGGAGAGUUUCUCAAUGAUGUCAUCAUUGAUUUCUAUCUUAAAUACCUGUUACUGGAGAAAGCACCAAAACAUGUUGCUGACCGUACACACAUUUUUAGCAGUUUCUUCUACAAGUGCCUGACCAGGACAGAAAAAAAGUCCGAGGAGGAUGUCAAAGUUUCAGCUGCACAGAGAAGACACAGAAGAGUAAGAACAUGGACUCGCAAUAUAAAUAUCUUCAAUAAAGAUUAUAUCUUUGUGCCUGUGAAUGAGGAGUCCCACUGGUACAUGGCAGUGAUCUGUUUUCCUUGGUUAGAAGAAGCUGUGUAUGAGGAGUGUCCCCAGCAGAAUUCAUUAUCCCACCGACCUCAGCAGUCUCCAGUGGAGCUAGAGAGUGAGAACAGCAGAGCUGGCUCAGUGCUCUUAAGGGAUGAAGAAGAGGGGGAUGGUAACAGAACUUUAUUCUAUAAAGGUGGCAAUGAAAUUGCUGCUUCUGCUUCAGUUCUGUAUUCAGCUAUUUCUAAAAUCUCCCUAAGUAAUUCCAAAAAGCAGAUUUGUAAAAGGCCUUGUAUACUCAUCUUGGAUUCCUUGAAAGCGUGUUCUGUGCAGAAAACUGUUCAGGUUUUGCGAGAGUACCUUGAAGUGGAAUGGGAAGCUAAACGAAAAACACAUCGGGAAUUCAGUAAAUCAACAAUGAUUGACCUCUGUCCCAGAGUGCCUAAACAAGACAACAGCAGUGAUUGUGGGGUCUAUUUGCUGCAGUAUGUGGAAAGCUUCUUCCAGAAUCCCAUAGUUAAUUUUGAACAACCACUGCAUCUGGAGAAUUGGUUCCCUCGUCAGCUGAUCAGAAACAAAAGAGAAGAAAUUCGAGACCUGAUCUUGCAACUGCACUUUCAACAGCAGAGUGGCAGCAACAGCUAAUAAAUCUAAUUGGGAAGUCCUGGCAAAGGACACUGCUGUAUAAAAUAACUGGAACUCUGCUUAGUGAUGUUUGAUCUCUCCCUGCCUUGCAGAGAAGAAAAAAAUAAUAAGGCACAAGGAGUACUUUUUGUUCAGCAUGUAUUUAUUUAAAGAUUCUUUUUCACUGGUGUUGUGUGGUCUUAAGAUGCUGGAAGGGGGAAAGGAGAAUGUUGUAGAUAAGAAUAUAAAUAUGUAAGUUAAAGCUAAUGCAUAUGGAUUGCUAGUUGAUUCUUGGAAUAUGAAAGCUGCUUACAGGUAUAUGCCUCAAGGAUAUAAAAAACACUUUCAUCUUUUGGAGCCUGUUCUUUAUAAUUCUGUAUGGACAGGGAUGGUCAUGUAGGAGUCAGGCCUGAAGACAGGAUCUGGAUCUUGUAUUAUGUCUCUUGAUUUGCAGCUGAUACAGAUAGAAUGAAUACUAUGUAUUUUUUUACUUUAAGAAUUUAAUGUUGACUCUCUUUAGAGAUGUAUUUUUUGUUUUGUUUCUGGUUAAAUACAGAAGUAAUCUGCAUGUGUCAGAAAAUUCUGCCAAGAUUUGAGGCUCAUGAGUUUUGAUGGUUUUUUUUUUUAAAAACUAAUUUUCCACCUUCCUAACAUUUUCAUAAAAGUGUGUUUCUACAAAUGGAAGACAUUUGUUUGAGAGUGACUGUUGAAAUACUUCAAUGUCGGGAGUGUAUUUUCUUUUAAGUUUUUUUUUUCUUAUCAGAUUUUAGAAGCAAACUUGCUCUCAAAGUACAUGCCAAUACAGUACGUGUAGGCAGUAGAUUUUUAAUGCUGUUCACCUGAUUUUGGGGAAUAAUUCCUACAAAUCUUAAGGCAUCACCUGUAUUAGCAAGGCAAGCAGGCUGUGGCUUAACAACCUCAAAAGUCUGAAGUGUUUUAUUGAAAAAUAAGGUCAUUAAGAUAUGUGAUUUACAUAGAAGACAAACGGGAUUUUUACCUUGCUUAGGAGAAUUGAGUAAAGAUGACUGAAUAUUGAGUGUUUGAACUCAGACUUGAUUUGAUAAACUAGCACAAGUUCAUCAUUGUCCUAAUUUGUAUUUAUGUAGGUUUUCCUUGAACAGUGAUCACAUUUUGAUGCGUGCAGUUUUUUCUGUACUUACUGCACGUUAGAAGGUGACUGUUCUAAAAGGAUACUUUCUGCUGUUCUCCACUGUAACUUUAUUGUCAUCUUACCCUUCAGAAAGACUGUGUGUCAGAUAACCACCAAAACCACUUGUGUCAUAAAAUAGUCUACAAAACCAGAGCUCUUAAAGCUGGAAAUACAACGGAGAGUUAAAAUAAAAAUUGAGGGCAACCCAAAGAUGUGAGCAUCUUUGUCAUUGGAGAAUUCUCAGGGCCCCUUCCCUCAAGACAGCUCAGAAACCUGGCUUCUGGAAAUUCCAGUUGUUAUUUCAGGUUCUGUACGGUCAUCCAACACCCCUCCACUCCCCCUUAUUUGUUUCUCAAACCAGGAAGUGUUCUUUCUCGGGGGGAGAGAAUUUUAAACCAUUUGCUGCGCACAGCUACCUUCUGUAGCUGUGCUGUGAGCAGCCUUGUGCAAUCACUGAAUGUUUUUUGUCUUUGUUUCUAGUUUAAUUCUGUAGUUUUGCACUACCCCUUUUUUCCCUGCCCCCCAACAUCUUUCUCUCACAUCCCAGAGUUGUGUCUUUCAGCACCAAAAUCGCAACACCAGCAUUGCUUACAAGAAUAAUCUGUGUAUUUAUUGUAAAACAAAAGAUACAAUGCAGAAGUAUGUUCCCCUUCUCUUUCUUAAUCAAAUAAUAUUUUCAGUGUUCCCUUAUGAAAAACAAUUUGGACUUUUUCUUAUGGUAAAGUUAGGUUUUAGCACCAAGCCAUUUGUUCUUUUUUAGAUUGACUGGUUUAUAGAUAUUUAAAAGCAAAAUAAUGUAUGCAAUUUUCUAAAUUGAUUUUUAUAACACAAAAGGAUUGCCUUUUUAGAUUUCUUAUAUAUGUGCUAUGAGAAUGCCGAUGCAUUUGAUAUUAAAAAUAUCUCCAGAA